AGUCAGUGUUUGCCGUUUGCCGACUUUGUCGGAUUGUUAAUAAAAUAGUUUACCUCUGAAAUUGUUUUUAAUAUUAUUUUCAGAAUAAUCAACUUAGCAAAUAGUUGACUACGUACGUACAUCAUGGAAUUGACCAACAAAAAUUUUCCUGCGUUGAAAAACGAUAGACUGUUGAGAGCAGCGCUUGGGAAGGAAGUGGAUAAAGUUCCCGUUUGGGUGAUGCGUCAGGCCGGGCGCUACUUGCCCGAGUUCCAGGCGGUCCGGGCCAAGCACGACUUCUUCACCGUCUGCCGGACGCCGGAGCUGGCGUGUGAGGUCACGCUGCAGCCCUUGAGAAGAUACCCACACCUUGAUGCCUCUAUCAUAUUCAGUGAUAUCCUUGUUAUACCUCAAGCUCUGGGGAUGACCGUUGAAAUGCACCCGGGAUUGGGACCAGUGUUUCCAAAUCCAUUGAAAGAUCCAUCAGAAAUCGACAAUUUACAAGAAGAAAAUGCUGUGUCCAGGCUGGACUACGUGGGGAAGGCUAUCACAUUGACCAGACACAAGAUUGAAGGGAAAGUACCACUGAUUGGUUUCACUGGAGCACCUUUCACAUUAAUGGGGUAUAUGAUUGAAGGGGGUGGCAGUAAAACAAUGGCAAAAACAAAGGAAUGGCUUGAAAAGUACUCAAAUGAAGUUCACAAACUACUGGCUAUGCUAAGUAGAGUUAUUGUUGACUACUUAGUUAUGCAGGUAGAAAGUGGUGCUCAACUAUUACAAGUGUUUGAAUCUAGUGCAGAUCAUUUACCAAGAGAGUUGUUCAAAGAGUUUUCAGCUCCAUACUUGAAGACAAUCAGAUCUGAAGUGAAGAGGAAACUGGAGGCAAAGCAAUUGGAGCAAGUUCCUAUGACAGUGUUUGCCAAGGGUGGUGGACAUUCCCUAGACGUGCAGGCAGGACUAGGCUAUGAGACACUAGGACUGGACUGGACUGUAGAUCCCAUUGAAGCCAGGAAAAUUGUUGGAGAUAACAUAACUCUACAGGGAAAUCUUGACCCCCAGGAUUUAUAUAAAAAACCUGAGGAGAUCCGUUCGAUGACAAUAGACAUGGUACGUAAGUUCGGCAAACACAGGUACAUCGCGAACCUCGGCCACGGCAUCACUCCGCAGACCCCGCUCGAGAGCAUGACGGCAUUCACCGAGGCGGUACAUGAGGCUGUGUGAUUGGAUGACCACGUACAGGCCGAUCACGAAUAUUGCCGUCUUUAGUCGAUAGUAAUUUGGCUGUUCGGUGGAUUUUGUAUGUGCUUUAUUAGUUUCUAACGUUACCGACAGGGGCGCUGAUCAAGAUGUCAUAAAAAUUGCUAUCGACAAUAUUCGUGAUUCGCACUCUGUAGCCGUAUCAUGAAAAUGCACUUGUCGAUAGGUAGUUCGAUUCACUGGAAUUAAGUAUAUCGUCUCGAUCAGUGCCCCUGUUGGUAAUGUUAGAUAGAAUUUAAUAACAAUAUCACAAACAAAUCCGGUGAACCGCUUGGUUUUUUUUCGUGAUACAGCCUUAGAUAAGUUCGUGUAGUGCAGGUUUUUUAGUUUGCUAAUAGAAAAAAAAUCUUUUUCUAUAAUCUAAUGAUCCGCUUUUUUACGCUAGAGGCAAACGUUACUUUGUUUGCCAAUAAACUUUUCUGCCUUCGAGAACUAUAAAAACCUGCACUAGAGAGUACACCUCGGAGUCACAGAAGGUGUAUACUUAACUUAAGGUUUUGUUGACUACAUUUUUAAAGAGAGUGUUUUAUGCAAAAAUGAUAAAACCAUAGUUUUUUAAUAUGUUACUCAGGUUAUGGUGUUUCUUCCGUUAAACACUCAGAAUCACGUAUGUACUGAAAACGGCGAAUAUUUUUUUAUCUCCUCACUUCUGUGCAAGUGAGGGUCAAAAAAACUUAAACAAUUAACGGUUUAAGUGAAAAGUUAAAUUCCAUUCUCGUUUGCAUUUCAAACAGUACCUCUUUUUAUAUAGGUAAUAGGUUAUCUUGAAAAUAAUUGUGUCUAUCGGUACUGGUUUUAUACUGUCGAAACUAAUAAUUAAGUUUUAAAUGGAAUGGUAAUUUCUUAUGCACUGAUUUGUUGAAUAAUUGAAGGAUAGGUUUAUGUAUGUAAUUAUUAAUUACAUUGUUUUUGUUGCCUUAA